GUACCUUAUUACCCACCUCUCAGACUGUCACCUCAGAUCUACUACCGAGCAAUUUACCAAUUUCCAUACCUACCAUCAACCCACCACCGAAACAAAAGCGCAACUCAGCAAAACCUCCAAUCCACCCACUCAGGCCCAUCCAAACACAACCCAACAAGAAAGUCCCUCGACAUACAUAACCAAAACCAACCCCACAACCAGACCAGAAGGGAAAAAAAAAAGAAAACAAAUCAACCAAAAUGUCCUCCAACGUCGGCCUCUCCACGCCCCGAGGCAGCGGCACAUCGGGCUACGUGCAGCGCAACAGCGCGUUCAUGAAACCCCGCAACACGGGCUACGGGGCGCCUUACCCGCCCGUCGCAGGCGCAGGCGCCGCACUGGACGCGGGGAAACCGUUCAGGCAGCGGAUGCCGGAUCGGCAGAUUCUGGAACAUGAUCGGCGGAGGGAGAUCGAGGUGAGGGUUAUGGAGGAGAGGGAGAGGUUGGAGGAGGAGAAUGAGGAGAUUGAGGAGAUGGGUGAGGAUCAGAAGGCGGGGAAGGAGGAGGAGAGAGGGGAAAAGAAAGGUGGGGAGGAUGGGGAGGUUGAUGAGAGUGGUGAUGGUGGUGAAGAUGGGAAGAGGAGGGUUCUGUCUGAAGAGGAGAUCGAUGAGCGGUGUGAGGUUUUGAGAGCGAGGUUGUUGAGGGAGUUGGAUGAGGGGGAUGAUUCUUCCAGGGGAGGGCGCUCCGGGCCUGCGGAUGACAGGAAGGGUGGAAACAAAGGGAGGAAGCAGUUCAAGGCGUAUCAGGUGCAUGAGCUUGCUGAGGCGAAGAUCGAGGAGAGUGAGCGGUUGCGGAGGGCUUUGGGGAUCAGGGAGGAUAAGGAGACGGGGGAGAUUUCGAGCUCGAGGGAUUAUGGGUUUUCUGAGAGGAGGAGGGAGAGGGAGAGGUAUUAGCUUCUUUUCUUCUUUUCUUUGUCUUUUGUAUCUGGGUUUGUUGGUUUAGGCUUUGGCGUUAGGGUUAUCAUUGUCAUUAAUAGUUCUUUUACUAUGUUGAUC